CUCCCACUCUAUUUCCAAUUGACACGUGUCUUGCAAUAUUCCUCCCCCCUUUUUUUCUUAGAGAUGAUUGAAAGCUUUCAUCUUGUUGAUCGAUGAAGAAUCUUGAGAGAUGAUUCAAGGCUUUGAUGUUGUCGAAACGCUGCUGCUGAUCGAUAAUGAAGCGGGUUUACGGUAGUCGGAAGAGUGUGAUGGUGAGCAACGAGGAUGAGGAUUCUUCGGUGAAAUGCCGUGAGCGACGCCGUCGGAGGAUCGCUAUCAGGAGGAUGGCUGCGGUUGCUGCCGACGCCUCUGGUUCGUCACUUGUCGUCGGGGAAAACGAAGGUCAGAAGGAUGUGGCGAAGACGACGUCGGGGGACAAGCCGACGACUUCCAUAACGGCUGCUUCGAUCAUGAGCUUGAUUAACAUCAUGGAGACGCCGCCACCGCCGGUGUAUGGGAUGAUGUCCGUGAUUGGUAGACAGCGUGAAAUGGAGGAUGAAGUUUCUGUUAAGACGAACUUAUGUCGGCCGGAGAUCAACGGCUUCCGACCGGUGCAUUUCUUCGGUGUGUUCGAUGGUCACGGAGGGCGUCACGUAUCUGCAUUGUGUAAAGAGAGCAUGCAUGUUAUCAUGGAGGAGGAGUUGAUGCAGGCGAAGGUGAUCGAAGGCGAGACAAAUGGUGGUGAGGGAGGUGGAGGGCUAUGGAGGACAGCCAUCAACCGGAGUUUUCAGAGGAUGGAUGAAAUGGCGUUGAGAUUGUGUCUCUGUGGUAGUUCCAGCAUCUGUAGAUGCAGUCCACGGUUGUCUUUCAUGGGAUCGACAGCGGUGGUGUCGAUUCUCACAAAGGAGUACGUAUUUGUGGCGAACUGCGGGGACUCACGUGCCGUCCUCUGUCGUAACGGCAGGCCCGUACCGCUUUCCAUAGACCAUAAGCCUGAUAGGGAAGACGAACGUGCAAGAAUCGAAGCUUGUGGAGGGCGAAUCAUGUUUGCAGACGGAGCACGAGUUGAAGGCAUCCUUGGCAUGUCCCGAGCAAUAGGAGACAGGCUUCUAAAACAGUGGGUGACAUCUGAACCAGAAAUCUCGAUAACGAGAAGAGAAGCAGGAGACGAGUGUUUGAUAGUAGGUAGUGAUGGAUUAUGGGAUGUUUUGUCGAGCGAAUUGGCAUGCAAGAUAGUUCACGACUGUUUUGUAGAACAUGAGCACGACGUAGAGCCUCAGAUAGAUUCAGCAGCAACGUUGCUGGUACGUCUUGCUUUGGGACGUAGGAGUACCGAUAACAUCAGCGUCAUAGUUAUUGAUUUAAGGAACUGAAGUUGGCUUCUAGAACUAGAGUGUGUGUGUGUAUGAACAAGUUUUGGAAAAUCAGAAUCAUGCACAA